CUAUUGCUAGCUCUAAAAAAUGCUGCCUUUAGGCUCAAAUACAUUAAACUCAGGUUUACUACUUUUAAAGGCAGUUGCUUUCUGCCUUGUUAUACAAUGUGUGAAGACACAGGAUCGACCCAGUGACGGAACAAUCCGUUUACAAGGCACACUACCCUAUCAAGGGAGACUAGAGGUCUACUACAGAGGCUCCUGGGGCACUGUUUGUGAUGAUCGAUUCCAGAAACCAGACGCAGACGUUGUUUGCAGAGAGCUUGGAUUCAGCGGCGGGUCCGAUCGUGUCAUAACAACUGGGUUCAGCAACGAGUUUGCUUCAGGUACAGGCGAGAUAUGGAUGGACGGCGUAAGCUGCAGAGGCUCUGAAGAGAAGCUCAGCCAAUGUUCCUUCAAUGGCUGGGGGAUACACGACUGCAGGCAUUACGAGGACGUUGCAAUCAUAUGCAAAUAUACUGCACCGACUCUACCUCCAUCUACAUCACUACCUACUCUCUCAGAUAACAAUGUAAGAGUGACCUGCCCUGGUCCUAACUAUCGUCUAGGAGAAUGCAAUAACUGCAGUACUUAUACAUCUGCUUGCCGUGCACCUGAUCCAAGACGCCCCGCUAUUAUCGGAGUUGUCGAAAUGCUAAUAGAUGGCAAAUGGUAUCCGAUCCCUCGCAAAAAUUGGAACGUUAAUGCAGCCAAGGUGGUUUGUGGCCAGCUUGGUUAUCCAAGGGCCGGUCCUUCCCCAAAUAUCAAUCGUAUCUUUCCAACCAAAUCAUGCAGCAAUAGUCACACCUCGGCUCAAUGCGACUCCAUUAAUGAUUUCAACGAUCGACUCUCUCGGACUGUAACUGAAGGACUCACUUGCACAGGAGGAGAGAAUAAGUUAAAUGACUGUUACUUCCAGUCGUAUAACAUCAAUCCUUCUUCUCCGGCGAGUGUUGCUACUGUUCAAUGCUAUUUCGAUGAUUUGAGGACAGAGAAAUGCAAAGAUCGGAAUCAAAACAACAAAGAACUGUAUAGGCUUCGCGGUGGCCCAGUGCCUUGGAAGGGACGAGUAGAGGUGAAGGUAGGAGGAGUCUGGGGCUCUAUCUGUGACCUUUUCUGGGAUCUUAACGAUGCUGACAUUGUCUGUCGUAAUCUUGGAUUUGGAACUGCAAAGAAAGUGGAAACUCGCUCGUUUUACGGGCGAGCUUCAGACUCUGUUCAUUUUAGUGGAUUGAAAUGCACAGGCACAGAGCAAAUGCUGUCACAGUGUACUAGGACUACAGGGGCACAGCUUCCUAGGGAAAUUAACUCUUAUUGCUACCAGCACUCCGGUGAUGCCGCCGUUGAGUGCAAUAUACCCCAAUUUUGUCCUAAAGAGAAAGAAGUCCGAUUCACAGGUACUGGUGUUGAUAAAUUCACUGAAGUGAAGGGUCCAUCCGGUUGGGGCAGACUCUGCUUUAGCAGCAUCUCCACUUACAACGAGGCCCACGUGAUGUGUCGGGAAGUCUCGGAUGAGUUGGCAGCACGCUACAUACCAAUAAAGGACCCUCAAUACAGGGGAAGGUCUUAUGUUGUAGAGUUUAAAUGCACUGGAGACGAGAUAAGCACUUCGGAAUGUAGGAGAACAUUUAGAACCAGCUCUUGCAUUAAUUACACAAGGAUAGACUGCACUGCUGGCAUGCCUGAUUUGGUUCCUAAUUUAAAAAAGUUCCAGUCUUCUCUCGAGAGCUUUGCCUACACGUCUCCUACUCCAAUGUUCUACCUCUCGUGUGCCUUGGAAGAAAAUUGUCUCUCGUCCAGUGCUCACCAGCACGCUAAUAAUCCUUCUCAUAUCCGCAGACUCCUCCGUUUCGAUAGUCUGACGAUGAACUACGGUACAGCAACUUUCUUGCCGAACCUUGAGCCUCAUGAAUGGGAGUGGCACGCCUGUCAUCAACACUAUCACUCAUUUGAGGCCUUUAUUCAUUACGAUGUACUAAACAGAGCUGGAGAGAAGGUCGCGGAGGGUCACAAGGCUAGCUUUUGUCUCGAAGACAGCAUGUGUGAUUUUGGCGGCUACAGUAGCUAUCGCUGUUCGACUGGGAGGCAAGGUAUCUCUGUUAACUGUGGGGAUUUGUACGCACGUCAUCUCGACUGUCAGUGGAUCGAUAUUACUGAUCUACCUAUAAAUAGGAAUUAUAUUGUGAGACAGAUUGUGAAUGCAGAUAAUUUAGUUGGCGAGAGCGAUAGUAAAAAUAACGUUAUUCAGUGCGAGAUUUUCUUCAGAGGUGAUAGCUUUCCUUUUAUUGUGAGCAACUGCACACAUUCAGACCACUAAAGAAAAAACUUUUAAAUAAUAAUUGUUAUUAUUAUCAUUCUUCAGUUUGCAUGCGUCAUUAGUAUUUUAGUGUUAGCAUAGUCGACUCUAAGCUGCAGAAUAUUGUUCUAAAAAAUAAUUAUUAUUUAAUAUUUUAUUUUGUAUUAUGUUUUAUAAUUUGUGAUGUGCUAAUUAACCACAAGUUUA